CUCUGACAGGAAUCGACUUUAAGAUUAGAACAAUAGAAUUAGAUGGAAAGAAGAUCAAGCUACAAAUAUGGGAUACAGCAGGCCAGGAGAGAUUCCGCACGAUCACAACAGCUUACUACAGAGGAGCCAUGGGAAUUAUGCUGGUGUAUGACAUCACAAAUGAAAAGUCUUUUGACAACAUAAAAAACUGGAUAAGAAACAUAGAGGAGCAUGCCUCUUCAGAUGUAGAAAGAAUGAUCCUGGGUAACAAAUGUGAUAUGAAUGAAAAAAGACAAGUCUCAAAAGAAAAAGGAGAGAAGUUAGCAAUUGAUUACGGAAUCAAAUUUUUGGAGACAAGUGCGAAAUCCAGCAUAAAUGUGGAAGAGGCAUUUUUCACACUUGCACGGGACAUUAUGACAAAGCUCAACAGAAAAAUGAACGACAACAGUUCAUCAGGGGCAGGUGGGCCAGUAAAAAUAACAGAAAAUCGAUCUAAGAAGAGCAGCUUCUUUCGAUGCACGCUACUUUGAUGAACUUCUAAUGAUAGACUGCGGCACACUUAGAACCUUUUCUGCUUCUUUGAAAGCACAGGGUCACAAAGCCUCAGAAAUAAUACCACCAAGCUGCUGCUGAGAGCUCCAUUGAACGUAGACUGCGAUACACAAAAUACCAAGUGGAUUUUGCUCACUAAGCCUAUUGACCUGUCAGGCUCUUCUUUCUCAGAUAUGGAAGCUAUGAAGUGGAGACACAAAUGCAAGAGUUAACUUGUUUUCCUUUUUUACUUUCUGUUUUACUGCCUGUUGCAAGAGCUGCUAUGUUUCUUUUAACUUUGCACAUCCAUAUUGGCCUCUUACUGCCUGUUACAGCACAAUCUUACAUUUGCAUUUGCACAGUUUGACUUGUAAGUAAGAUUCUUAACAGAUUUGUGCAGGUUUUUCUUUCUCUUUUUAAACAAAUUUGUUUCCAAGCAGAAGAGCCAGAAGAAAAAAUUAAGUCUCACUUCCAUUGUUUUCUAUGCUGUAUACUUGUGGCCAUGACUGCAGUAUGGAUGAUAACACUCUAGUGAUAAGAAUUACUGUAACAAUUGGCAUUUAACAAUUUGUAUGGGUUUCGUCUCUUUGAUGCACAAAUCUGUUUCUGCAGAAGCUAUGGCUUCUAUUCUGAAUGUAGUAUGUUGCUUUUCUUUCGAUACCAGACUUGGCAAAGUUGUGUUCUGAAUUGCCAGUCACACUCUGAUUCACAGAUGCACCUUUCAGUUAUUUGAAUAAACACAGUGUCUUUCCUCA